UGGCUCCAGGGUGAGGGAUCCUGAGAGGAUCCCUGUAAUUAGGCUGAGGUCAAUAGAGAGUGAUAGGAAUAACAUGCUUCAGUAAGUUUUGGCCAAGUUCAUGGCCAUGGUUGUCAACUGUACCGCAGGAAUAGAAUGUAAAACACAGUGGAUAGAUGUUGCGGUGGCAGCUGUUGAGAAGUACUUGGGUGUACAAUAUUUUACUGCAGAGUUACAAGGUGUUUUGAAGGAUAAUAUCCUGUCCUCCCAGGCUUAUGGCCUGGUGUUGAAUCAGAGGGCCAAAGUAGUGGAAUAAUGAUUUUUUAAUGGGUGUAGGGUUAGUUGGUUUUUCACAAAGUACAAUGAAUUCAUACUACAGAAUAGUAGGCUGAUACACAGCCAACACACUAGGUGGGGGCAUGCACCUACAGUCAUUGUUUGCGGACCGCCAUAAUACUAAAGAUUAAAGAUGAAGACCACUUCCUUCUCAACAUCUCUGGAUCUGGUCUGUAAAGCGGAAGAAUUAUAAAUCAAUCAAAUUUUAUUGGUCACAUACUUGUGUUUAGUAGAUGUUAUAGCGGAUGUAGCAAAAUGCUUGUAACACACUGACUACUUCGGAGGUCGCAUUGCUGUAAAUGCUGCAUGGUUCGCAGCACGUAUAGCUGUAAUUUGUCUGGUAUUUUUUAGGGCUGUAAUUUGUCUGGUAUUUUAUAGGCUACACUUACUGGGUCUCAGACAAUUAAAACUAUCUGGAAUCUCGGAAGAGGGCAUUGUUCCAAAAGACUCGGGUGGAGGUAGACGAUAACAGACAUCAGUAUUCUUGGUGAAUAGGGUGUUGGAUGUUUAAUUUCGUUUAAUAUAUUAAAAUCUUAUCCAGGGUCUUUCUUAAGUAGGAUUAGGCUACAUCAGACAUAUAUUUGUCACAACGUAAGUCGAGUGUUGAUAUUUACAUUUACGUUUGUUCUGGUCUAGCUUUAUCUGAACGCUGUGACAAGGAAGUAACUAGUGUAAACUAGCUACAGAUUUACUGUCACGUUUUUUUAUAUUUGAAGAAACGCUAAAGAAAGAACGGCUUCAACGAUGGAUCGGGACAGAGCUAGCCCGUCCCCCUCCAACCUGCCGGAGUCCCCAGGUUGCAACUAUCCUGGUAGCGCCUUACUGCUGGAUCUGAAGAGGGUGUCUGUGCGGCUGGUCGACUGUAGGAAAACACCAGGGCAGAGUGGAACUGUGAGAGAAGGACACGAGGGAGAUUUGAUUUCAUCAAGGGAAUCACCGUACCGUUGUUCUCUCAGUGGGAGGGGCUUAUCAUCUGGUGCGCUUCAACAACAUCAUGUUGCUGACGAGACAGAGAAGAGUGUCUCCAGAUCAGAACAUCUCAAGAAACACCAGCAGGGACGUACAGGGAAGAAACAUCACCACUGCUGCUCUGAUUGUGGGAAGAGUUUCACAAGCCAGAGUGGCUUCAUUAUUCACUGUGAUCAGUGUGGGAAGAGUUUUGCUGCAUCUAACACCUUCAAAUCUAAUGACAGAGCUAGUCCGUCCCCCUCCAACCUGCCAGAGUCCCCUGGUCACAACUCUCCUGGUAGCGCCUUACUGCUGAAUCUGAAGAGGGAGUCUGUGCGGCUGGUCGACUGCAGGAAGACACCAGGGCAGAGUGGAACUGUGAGAGAAGGACACGAGGAGGGAGAUGGAGUUUUGAUUUCAUCAAGGGACACACACCGUUGUUCUCUCAGCGGAAGGGGCUUAUCAUCUGGGGAGCCUCAACAACAUCAUGUUGCUGACGAGACAGAGAAGAGUGUCUCCAGAUCAGAACAUCUCAAGAACCACCAGCAGGGACGUACAGGGAAGAAACAUCACCACUGCUGCUCUGACUGUGGGAAGAGUUUCACAAGCCAGAGUGGCUUCAUUAUUCACUGUGAUCAGUGUGGGAAGAGUUUUGCUGCAUCUAACACCUUCAAAUCUAAUGUAAGAAUUCAUGAAGGGGAGAAGCCUUACCUCUGUCUUGAUUGUGGGAAAAGCUUUGUUAGUGCAGGAGCCUUAACCAUACACCAGCGUGUACACACUGGAGAGAAGCCUUAUAGCUGUGAUCAGUGUGGAAAGAGCUUCAAUCAGUCAUGCAACCUGACUACACACCAGCGAACACACACUGGCGAGAAGCCUUAUAGCUGUGAUCAGUGUGGAAAGAGCUUCAAAAAUUCAGGCCACCUGACUACACACCAGCAAAUACACACAGGAGAGAAGCCUUAUAGCUGUGGUCAGUGUGGGAAGAGCUUUGCUCGAUCAGAAAAACUAACUAUACACCAGCGAAUCCAUACUGGAGAGAAGCCUUAUAGCUGUGGUCAGUGUGGAAAGAGCUUUGCUUUAUCAGAACACCUAACCAUACACCAGCGUGUACACACAGGAGAGAAGCCUUAUAGCUGUGGUCAGUGUGGGAAGAGCUUUACUGUAGUUUCCUCCCUGACUGUACACCAGCGAACACACACUGGAGAGAAGCCUUAUAGCUGUGAUCAGUGUGGGAAGAGCUUUGCUGUAUCAGAAAAACUAACUAUACACCAGCGAAUACACACAGGAGAGAAGCCUUAUAGCUGUGAUCAGUGCGGGAAGAGCUUUGCUCGAUCAGAAAAACUAACUAGACACCAGCGCAUACACACUGGAGAGAAGCCUUAUAGCUGUGGUCAGUGUGGAAAGAGCUUUGCUCAAUCAGAUAACCUGAAUUCACACCAGCGAACACACACUGGAGAGAAGCCUUAUAGCUGUGAUCAGUGUGGAAAGAGCUUUGCUCUAGCUUCCACCCUGACUGCACACCACCGAACACACACUGGAGAGAAGCCUUUUAGCUGUUAUCAGUGUGGGAUGAGCUUUGCUCUAGCUUCCACCCUGACUGCACACCACCGAACACACACUGGAGAGAAGCCUUAUAGCUGUGAUCAGUGUGGGAAGAGCUUUGUUGCAGUUUCCUCCCUGACUACACACCAGCGACUACACACAGGAGAUAAGCCUCAUAGCUGUGAUCAGUGUGGGAUGAGCUUUGCUCUAGCUUCCACCCUGACUGCACACCAGCAAACACACACUAGAGAGAAGCCUUAUAGCUGUGAUCAGUGUGGGAAGACCUUUGCUCUAGCUUCCACCCUGACUAUACACCAGCGAACACACACUGGAGAGAAGCCUUAUAGCUGUGAUCAGUGUGGGAAGAGCUUUGCUUCAGGUUCCACCCUGACUAGACACCGGCGAACACACACUGGAGAGAAACCUUACAGCUGUGAUCAGUGUGGGAAGAGCUUUAAUCAGUCAGGGACCCUGAAAUCACACAAGCUAACACACGCUGGAGAGAAAGAAGCCUUAUUCCUGUGAUCAGUGUGGGAAUUGUUUCAGUCAGUUAUGGACCCUUUAUUCACACCAGUGAACACACACUGGAGAAGGAACCUUAUGUCUGUCUAUGUGGGAAGAGCUUUGUUAAUUUAGGGCCAAUGAGAAAACACCAGAAAGCACAAACUUGCUGUAUUUCAUCUCCCUCCCUUCUGGAACCGGUUCCAGAUCCCUAAAUAAAGGCUCUAUAGAAAACAUCCAGUGAACAGUCAUAUCCAUCUCCCAUUCUUAAACAGUUGCCUCAGUCUGAUCACCAUGGUAACCUCUGGAGCAUAAUAUGCAGCUCUGAUCUGGGAUCAGGUCUCCACUGUGUCUAUGUAAUAUCACACAUUCAUCUAAAUGGAUAAAUGUUAUCAUAGGAAAUGUUAUAGGGAACCUGUGUGUGUGUGUGUGGGAGGGAUGUUGAUAAUUGUAUCUUCUUUCAUAUACUCAUGAUACUAUUAUUAUUAAAUGUCAUUAUGUAGAAUAAGGUUUCAACAAUAGGUGUAUAUGCAUGUAUUCAAUUGAUCAAUACAUUCAAUCCAUUAUCUUCUAAACAAGAAGUUAUCACUUAAAUUGUGUAUUUUAUAAAUCUGUAUUGAUUAAAAUGAUCCUAAAUCUAAUCCAUAAUAUAUUGGAUAAUUAUUUCCAUGAGUUCAAGGCAAGAACUAUGUAUACUGUGUCUUGUAAGAACGGUUAAUGUAAUAACUUUUAGAUUUAUAAUGUAAUAAAACCGGUAAAUGUAAUAUGUUGUUGGUUUAUACGAUAAAAUGUUGAAUUGUUGUCGUAAUAACCUUUUCCACUUAAUGUAAUAAGUUAUUGGUAUCAGGUAACAACUUUUUUAAAUUAAUAAUGUAAUAACUUCAACCGAUCAUGUAAUAACACCUAAACCAAUGUUUAAUGUGUUACUUCACCAAUGUUAAUGCACAUACCACCCUCCACCAAUUACAAACCCACACACACAAACCUAUGCACUUGUACUCUUACACAAACAAGCACGCAGUUAAAGACACAUGCAUUGAUUUAAUAUUUUUUAAAUUAACAAUUAAUCUGUAGUUCUUAUAGUCAAUGAGACAGGGGGUUCGGUCAGGCAAGAGGAAGGAGGAUUGGGAAACUGCAAAUAACAAUAAGCUGAACUCCGCCUAGCAGAAACAUCUUUGUAUUAGCAACUAUUCAUUAUUAGUUUAUAUUGUAUUAAAGUUAAGGGAUGUCACCCUGGGCGGGGUGAACCAUAGUAGGGGAUAAAAAGAGAAAACACCAUCUUGAGAACUGAGUGUCUUGUUUGUAAAUUGCUGUAAGUGUAAACUCCGGGUUGCAAACUAUAUUAAACAAACUAACC